CAAGUACGGGGAACCAUAAGAUAAUGCUUGGAGUCUAGACUGCAAACUCCUAGAGAAUAGAGUCCACAUAGUUGCUUUGCUUUUAACUCCAUUUUCGGAUCUUGAGGCAUUUUGAUCCGAGAGAGACAAGUAUUAUAUACUUUUCAAUCUAAAAUGCUUAGUGAUAGUGCCAAUUAUCACUCAGCUGAAAUGUCCUUCAGAAUAACACAGGAUGAUGGUAGGUUUUUCUCCAAGCUAAUGGCCAAGGAAACUUCCAAGGCUAACUCUUCUUCAAGGAGGGUCUUCUAUUAUAGAGAAACAUCAGUGGCAGUUCCUUUCAUGUGGGAGGCACAACCAGGAACCCCUAAGCACCCCUUGUUAGAGACCUCUCUGCCACCUCUUACACCCCCACCUUCCUAUUAUUCUAAUUCCAAGUCCAAUGUCAAGAGAAAAAAUUCAAAAGCCAAUAUAUUUUUUACAAGCAUUUUGCCAAGGUUUGCAGGCUCCUCAAGGAAUAAGGCUCUUGUGUCACCAUCAUCAUCUUGGUCACUUUCUUCAUCCUCAUCAUCUUCAUCUUCAUGGUCAUUAGCAUAUUCAUCACCCUCAUUUUCCAUCAGAGAUAAAGAUCAAGUUCAAGGAAACCUUUCAUUCUCACGGUCAAGAUCUCCCUCUUCAACAAUGGGUUCUCCUUUGAGACAUAAAUGUUCACAUGGAUUUAAAGGUUGCUAUCCUUUUGGGAAGAUGAAGAAUGUAACUGUAAGCCAUGAUUAGUUUGAGUUAUCUUCAUUAGAAAUCAAGUAUUCAACAAGAUGUAAGAAAUCUUUGAAAACUUAGUUGUUAAGUGUGUUUUGAAAGAUGUCAGGGUGAGACUAGAUGUGUCAAACAUAUGGUUGUCAUUUCUCAUGAUCAUGACAUAAUAAACAUGCAAUAUGUGUAUGCUUCAAAUUAGAAUCCAUUUUUACUGAUAUCCAAAAAAAAAAAAAAAAAAGAAUCCAUUU